AUGGUUCAAGCUAAAUACUGUGUCGCAGCCUUAGCUAUGGCUGCUAAGGCUUAUGGUUAUACUCUUUCCUAUUCCAACUCACUGAGUAUUUACGAAUCGUCUUCAUCAACUCUUAUCUCAUCAGAAGAAUCUACUACUGAAUCAACUACUGAAUCUUCAAGUAGUGCGUUCCCAACUAUCGUUCUUAGUUCUGCUUCUACUGGUGAAUUAACUUCAUCAUCAUCCAUUUUCUUCCUUUCUUCAUAUGCCAAUUCUUCAAGUUCAUACAUUGAAUCUUCAAGUACUCUUCUUGAAUCUUCUGAAGGUACUUCUUCUGAAUUAAUCUCAACCCAAGAAUCAUCAUCUACUGAAGAAUCAUCUACUUCAGCAACUGAAGGUACCACUGCUCCAACAUCAGGUGAAUCUUCUGCUACCGAAGAAUCAUCAAGUUCUGCUACUGAAGGUACUACUGGUCCAACCACUGGUGGUGAAGCUCCUAGUUCCGAAGAAUCUUCCAGUUCUGCUACCGAAGAAACUUCUCCAACUACUGGCGGUGAAACUCCAACCUCUCCAACCACUGGUGGUGAAGCUCCUAGUUCCGAAGAAUCUUCCAGUUCUGCUACCGAAGAAACUUCUCCAACCACUGGUGGUGAAGCUCCAACUUCUCCAACUACCGGCGGUGAAGCUCCAACUUCUCCAACUACUGGUAGUGAAGCUCCAAGUUCCGAAGAAUCUUCCAGUUCUGCUACCGAAGAAACUUCUCCAACUACUGGCGGUGAAACUCCAACCUCUCCAACUACUGGUGGUGAAGCUCCAACUUCUCCAACUACCGGCGGUGAAGUUCCUCCAACCUCUGCUUCAUCUGGUGAAUCAUCUACUGCUGCUCCAACUGUUUAUGGUGCUUUCGAAACUUCCAUUGCUCCAUUAGCUUUUGUUCCUUUAGAUUCAGCUCACUCUCAACCAAUCCCAAUGGCCCCAGCCUUCGAAGCUUCAAUUGGUUUCACUUUCCCAAAUGACACUCAACCAGGUGAUGUUUUACAUCUUGGUUUACCAAAUGUCUUCAACCUUUACCAAGGUGCUGGUGGUAUCAAGAAGAGAGCUGAUGCUACAUUAUCUUUAACUAUUGGUGGUGUUGAUUACGCUGAUUGUCUUAUCACUAUGGCUGGUUCUACUAAUGAUGAAACUACUUUAGAUUGUACUGUCACUGAUGCCAUUCUUACUAAUCCUAAUGCCAGUGGUUUCAUUGUCUUACCAUUAGUCUUCAAUAUUGGUGGUUCGACCUCUGCUUCUGAUAUUCAAGCUGCCAACGCUUUUGUUCCAGGUUCCCAAGUUAUCGCUUUCAACGAUGGUCUUAAUGAUAUUUCUACUGAAGUUGAUUUCGCCGCUGGUGCUCCAUCUCCUGGUGAUCCAGAUGUUCUUGUUUAUGCUUCUAGACCAGAAACAUGGGAUAAUGCUGAAAAUUUCUACAUUUUAGGUGGAAACUGUUCUUCAUUAUACGGUUCUGGUGAGCUUACUAUUUCUGUUACCGAUGGUUCAAUUGAUUGUGAUUCUUGGUCUGCUGGUAUUACCAACAGUCUUAAUGCUUGGUACUUCCCAACCACUUUUGAAACUUUAAGCAGUAUCACUGUUGCUUCAUGUUCAGCUGAUUCUAUUGUUAUUUCAUACUGGGGUGUUCCAACUGGUUACAGACCAUUCUUCAGUGUUGAUGCUUCAACCGAUGGCGCUAUUGCUGCCACCUUUAAUGAUACUCACUCUUGUAUUGCUUUACCACUUUCUGGUUCUUCAGCUUCUGAAGGUGCAACUAUUAGUGUUGGUUCUACUGUUACCACUGAAACUUACACAACUGAAACUAUUUUCAGUUCAACUGAAACUUACACCACUGUUAUUGAUGGAACCACCGAAGUUAUUACUACUGUUGUCCCAGUUACUUCAGAAGAAACCAUUACCACCAGUUUCACUGAACUUGUUCCAGUUACUACUGAAACUGCUACUACCACUGAAACCACUGGUACCGGUGCUAGUAAAUCAUACAUCACUACCGAUGUUGUUCUUACCACUACCAUUACCACCACCUACUGUCCAGAAGGUCAAGAUAACACUAUCACCACUACUGAAGUUUUAGUUACAACAAUUGAAACUACUUACUGUCCAGAAGAAGCUGCUGAAACUUCCAGCAAAUCUUACACCACCGAAGAAACUGUUAUUACUACUACCCUCACUACUACUUACUGUCCAGAAGGUCAAGACACUACUCUUACCACCACUGAAGUUUUAGUUACAACUAUUCAAACCACUUACUGUCCAGAAGAAGCUGCAGCUAGUGCUGCUGCUGAAGCUGAAGCUGAAGCUGCUGCUGCUGCUACCACCAAAGCUGCCGGUGAAGAAGUUGCCGCUACCACUACCGGUGUUGCUGCUACCACUACUGGUGCUUCUACUGCCCCAGCUGCUGAAGGUACCGAAACUGAAGUUGUUAACAUCACUUCAACUCUCAGUGAAGGAACUCCUGCUGCUGCUUCUACUGGUGCUUCAGCCUCAGCUGCUGCUACUGGAAGUGCUGCUGUAUCCACUUAUGAAGCUGGUUCUAACAGAGCUCAAUACUCAUUCUCCUUAUUAGUCGUUUUAUUAGCCUCUUACUUAUUUUAA